AAUAAAAAUCUAUUUCUUUAUUGUUUAUCCCAAUUCCCAGCCUAUCUCCUUUCUUCUUCCACAGUCAUUACAGAGCAGAGCUCUCUCCAAUGGAGUCCCACUCCCUAUACCUCUCUUCCUCCUCUCCAUUUCUCCACAGUCAUCGCAAAAUCCACAAACUCCCUUCUCAAAAACCAAUUUCUCAAUCCCCUUCUCUCAUUCCCUCCACCAAUUCAAAACCUCUCACCGUCUUCAAUGGCGCCCAUUUUUCCUCCAUUAACAAAACCCCAUUUCCAACUCCCACCAUUCCUUCAAACCCGCAUUUCCUCUUCGCAAAAACCUCCCCAUUUCACCAAUUAGCGAAAUCCUAUCUUCCUUUUGCUCUGACUCAGCUCCUCCUUCUCACCCCGCUCCCUAGCUUCGCCUUGGAAACCGACCAAGCUUCUUCUGAUAAGAUAAACUUGGAGUCUAUUUUGGUUUCAAUCGAUGAUUUUUUCAACAGAUACCCUUUUUUUGUUGCUGGGUGUACUUUCAUUUGGCUUGUUGGGAUACCCUUGAUUGAUUACUUUUUUCUAAGAAAGUACAAGUUCAUUUCUGCCAUUGAUGCGUUUCGUAAAAUCCGAGAUGAACCAAAUGCACAGCUCUUGGAUAUUAGAGACGAAAAGAGCUUGGCGUUUUUGGGGUCUCCUAAUUUGAGGAUUUUGAAUAAGGAUGUGGUGCAGGUUGUGUAUUCAGAAGAGGAUGAAGAUGGGUUUGUGAAGAAGGUGAAGAACAGCUUUGGAGAUGUUGCUGAUACUCUAGUCUUUAUCCUGGACAAUUUUGAUGGUAACUCCAUGAAAGUGGCCGAGCUAUUGGUCAAGAAUGGCUUCAAGGAGGCUUAUGCAAUUAAGGAUGGUGUUAGGGGCGAAAAAGGGUGGUUGGCAAUACAGGAAAGCUUGUUACCACCUUCUGUUCACAUGAACAGAAGGAAAAAGGCUAAAGCUUCCCAAAAGUUGGGGACUAAUGGAGUUGUUCAACAAAAUGGAGACAAUAAGGCUGUUCCAUCUUUGAAAUCCUCCAAUGGAGAAAUCCAAACGUCACGCCUCCACGUCAAUGCAUCAUCGGCCACUGAGACACAGUUGAAAACUCGAUCAAGGCCAUCCUCUCCUUAUCCAAAUUACCCAGAUUUGAAACCACCAUCUUCUCCAACUCCCUCAAAGCCAGGGAAAUGAAAGACAAGUUUUCACCUGACCAUCUUGUUCUGCAUAGAGAAGUUUACUAUAAUAUCAUCAAGAGGCUGUUAUUUGUUUCAAUGUGAUUGUUGUAAACUCCAUUUUUUUUUUGGUAACUAGCUGUAUAUAAUUUAUAUAAUUUAGUGUUUUGAUUUAAGCAAAUGAAUGCAUUUCAGUAUUCUACAAUGAAUAAUUACAGCUAAA